AGGAACUCGGUGGGCAAUGGUUUGAAUAAAGGUGCUUCAGCUAUUGUUUAUUGGGAGCUUUGGAAAGAGCGUUGUAGAAGGAUUUAUGAGGGGUUGAGAAUAACUCCUAAUAUGGUCAUACAGAAGGCGAAAAAAUGGUUGGGACAUUAUGCAAGGAUCAUUAAGCCGAAAGUUAAGGGGAGUUUACAGGAGCAAGUAACUCUCCGAUGCCUUAAUGCUAGUAUUAAGCCUGUGUUGAUGGAGAAAUGGGUGAGAUGGGAUCUGCCUAAUGAUGGGAGUUAA